AUGGAAUCUGCCGUUUCCGCUUCUGAUGUGGUCAACUUCGAAUGUUUUCAUCAAUAUAAUCUCGCAAUCGGUCGGUUGUGCUUGAAUUCUGCUAAAAAACUGUAUCAAGAGCGAUUUGGAUCCCGUUCAACGGUCAAGCUUGUGCCACCAGAUCGCAUAGUCUCUAGGCCCUAUUGCCAGCCGCCGGGCAUCGGAUUGCUUUUUUCACCAGCCCCAGAAACAAGGACGAACCAAGCUGUAUUCUUGCCAGCCUCGCUUCGUCUGUGUGUGUACGGUCGAGCGGAGGGUGGCGACACGCCAGAGGUACAGUGGGGUGGCAACUGGCGAAGAGCUGUUUACGACUUGGCCCAGUCUUCGAGGGCUGGAUUUCAAUUCACACAACUCGGCCAAGCUUAUUCAAUUCGGCGAAAAUGA